AAUUAUUUGACAUUCACAAUCCACAGAUAAUUAUUAGACCUCGUUUCGAUUUUUCCGGUCGUAAUUUAUAUUUAGUGUGAUUUGUGAGUUUCAAAGUUAACAACAAACAUCAAAAUGAGCGGAUUAAUUACUAAAACGUCUAACCUAGUGAGCACUCUUGUCACUGUGGCUAAACCAAACCUGCAGACUUUUGUGAAGUACGCUAAAGUGGAAUUAACUCCACCCAAAUUGUCCGACUUGCCUGAAAUCAGUAGCGACAUUUCCAAAAUCGUCCAAACAGCACGUACCGGCCGCUGGAAGAACCUAACUGUUAAAGAAGCUACUGUAAAGUCAUUAGUUGCCGUAGAAGUGUUAAUGUGGUUCUACAUUGGUGAAGUUAUUGGCAAGAGACACUUGAUUGGUUAUGACAUUAAACUGUAAAUGUAUUCCUGUUAUUUUAAAGGUUAUUUUCUUCAGAUUGUACUCAGCUGUUUAAAUGCCUAGAAAUUAUAUUAUGUCGUAGGUCAUGCAUUAAUUUUACCAUACACAGCAAUUAUGUCACUUUUUUUAACAGCUGUAAUUAGUAAACAAUAAAAAAAAAAUUAUUUUGUUUUUUAAA